GGUCGAUGGAUCGACAUAUUGGCGUCAAUCAACUGAAAAGGGAGGGAAGCGUUGGCCCUUGCCCGCGUGCCCGCGAAGCGAUACACCACACGCACGCAGAGUGAAUCCAUCACCCAUCAACCAAACCCACAUGGCGGGCGAGAAAAAUGGCUGACGAUCGGAAGGUCACUCACUACAUUUCGUAGACUACAAACAGGCACCUCCCUUGCUGGGGCUCAUACAUACACGCCUGCCUGCUAUAGGAAGUCGCUGUCAGGCUGGUCGGUGUCUCCGAAGUAGAGGUCCAGGGGAUCUCCCUUGCCGGGGAUAUCCACCACCAACAUCUCAUACUCUAAAUGACACACACACGAGUCAGUUGCGACGCCGUCACCUUUCCGGCGUUCCCCUGCCUCUCCCACCCACCCGCCCGCCCGCCCACCUAUUGGUGCAUUUGGUGGGAUUCGUGGUCGGCCUGGCGCAGGGGAUCGACCUGAACACACAGACAGACACGAAGACAUCCAUCCUCCAUGCUUGUCUGUCUGUCUGUCUGUCUGUCUGCCGUGUGGAUGCCACCCGUCCAUGUCAUGGAUGGCACACCCACCUUGCUGCCCAAAUGCGAGGGCGCCAGGGACCUUGAGCUUCCACCUGCACACAAAACACACACACACACACACACACACACGCAUCGAUCAACAACCAGGCACGCCGCCCUCGCUCCCUCCUCCCUCUUCUCACCUGUCGCCGACCCGCAUCAUGAGAAGUGCCUCCUCCAGCCCUGCCACCAGCUUGCCGCCUGCUGCCCGUGCAUAGUAGGGCUCAGACGUCCGGAACAAAUCGUCUAUCACAAUAUUCUGCACGCACACAACACAAUACGAGCCGGUCCGGUCAGUGAGUGAGGUCAGGCCGGCAGAGGGCUGGAUGCGCAGAUACUUUGUAUUGUCCUCUGAACCGGAUGACGACCAGAUCGCCCGCCUCGACCUUGGGGCCCUCCCCACUCUGACGAGCAGAACAACACACACCGACAGACACGCACACUGCAGAGGAUGGCAUGCGUUCCGUCUUGUCAUUCGUGUGUGUUCUGACCUUGAGCACAGAGUAAGCCAGCCCGCUGUCAGUCUCCUUCCAGUCUUCGCCAUCUGACAAUCGGCACAGACCAAUCAUCACUCAAAGCCUGAAGAUUGCGAAUAAGGCUGGCUGCGAUGAGUGACUGCAGUCACCAGCGAAAGCAGCGCCCCUGAUGCCCAGCCCGCUCAGCAGCACACCGCCCAAGAGAGCCUCAGCCAUCCUCCCCAGCUCCCGCCUCCGCGUCACAUCGGCAUCAUUCUCGCGCAGUGCUUGGCUGACUGUCGGCCUUCUCAGUGCAUUGCGAUAGACAGAUGUUGACUGCGGAGAGGGAGAGAGAGGGAGCCGAAAAGCAAAGGACGAAGACGGAAGCAAUGAGAGGAGGAUGAAGAGAACUGCUCGAGCGGCUGCAGGACUCAUGGUUGAAUGGGGAGAUCUGCGCGUCCGCUCUUUC